AUGGGCAACAAAGUGUCCUAUUCGUCAGCGUCAGACGGCGACCCGACAUCCUGGGUAACAGCAGCAGCAGCAGCAACCCAAGCAUCGUCCUUCCCAACUGCAUCAAGUUCGCAUUACCCGUUCGUCGUCGUCGACUACGACAGGGACACCAGCAACGACACGUUUGGCACUCUCGUCGCGCGUGCCGACGACAUUUUCGGCGCAGUUUACGACGCCGCCACGGUCUUCGUCACGGCUCCACCCCCACCACCGCUAGCAGCGCUGACGUCGACGUCGCCAGCUGUGACAUUUGCCGCCUCGUCGUCAACCGACGCUUAUUAUGCCGGCGCGGAUUUGGCGGAUAAUCGCACUCGUCAGCUCCUGGGAUUAUACUGGGCUGGGAACAGUACGACGACCACGACGGCCUUCUGGGACACCGUGGUCACGCAGCAACCAAAUGCGGUGUCAUCCUCGUCACAACAUUCGACGGGUUCCUUUGAAGCUCAAGUGACGAUCGUCACCUAUUCCAUUAUAUUCUUCUUGUCGUUCCUGGGCAAUCUCUUGGUUCUCGUGACGUUGGGACUCAACCGACGUUUGAGAUCCGUCACUAACCUUUUUCUCCUAAAUUUGGCUGUUGCCGAUUUGCUCCUGGGAGUUCUGUGCAUGCCUGCAACACUCGUUGGUUCCCUGCUGAGGGAUUUCAUUUUCGGAGCAUUCAUGUGCAAAGUCAUUCCGUACUUGCAAGCUGUCUCCGUUUCCGUGGGCGUGUGGACAUUAGUUGCAAUUUCUUUAGAAAGGUACUUCGCUAUUUGUCGUCCACUGACUUCAAGAACUUGGCAAACACGAUCACACGCGUAUAAGGUCAUUGCUUUCGUCUGGCUUCUGGCUUUCAGCCUGAGUUCCCCAAUUGCCGUGAUGAGCGAGUUGCUUCCGAUCAAAGACACAGGUCGUCACAAGUGCAGGGAAGUGUGGCCCGAACACGUGAGUGAGAAGGUGUUCGACGUGUUUUUAGUAAUGGUUUUGUUGCUGGCGCCGCUGGUCAUUAUGUCAGGAAUGUAUUCGCUGAUCGCUGCUAAACUCUGGACAGGCAUGAGGAGAGAGCAACAACAUUCCACUGUUAUCACCGAGUCAGGUCGGUAUAAUGACUUGAACAGGGUCAAUGACCCAGACCAGCAGCGCCAACAGGUCGACGGAGGUGAAACAAUCGUCAGUGGUUAUGAUUUCCCGCUAAAUGGCACAAUUUAUUCCACGAAACGUUGUCUGGUUGUGAGAUGGAAGCCUCCUCAAGGUUCUGGCUGCAGUGCAAAUGGAGACGCAACAAUCAUGCCUGCUUCAGCGCCAUCUAAUGGUGGGAACAACAACAACGGGAACAACGCCUGUUGCACGCCCGAUGACCCCUCUUCCACUGGUGGCCGGUCUUGCGGUCGGUACUCGCCGCAACCCCCGUCCGCCGCUGCUUGCAAACUGUAUUCCGCUCAUCCCAUCCGCAACCACAACGCGGAAAGGAGCAUCCAGUCCAAACGGAAGGUCAUCCAGAUGCUCUUUGUCAUCGUGCUGGAGUUCUUUGUCUGCUGGGUUCCGCUCUACGUCAUGAACACCUGGGCCUUGUUUGACGCUGCGAGUGUGUACAAGGCUCUCGGGCCCCUGGGCGUCAAUAUGAUUCAACUCCUGGCAUACUUGUCCAGCUGCUGCAACCCAAUAACCUACUGCUUCAUGCACCGCAAGUUCCGACGCGCCUUCUGGGAACUGAUACGGUGUCGGAAAUGCACGGUGCCGGCGCCACCGGCGUACCGCCAGAACUCGUUUUCCAUGGCUUCGGCGCCGGAUAUCCGCACAACCAGCGUCAAUAACGGGCGGGCCAGUUACCUGGUGCGUCCUCAACUCACUGCCGUUAUUGGGGGCGUCAUGACCACCACCUUCAACAACAAGAGUGACGUGAUGGGCAUCGAGGACCACGAGGUGUGA